AUGAAGUACAUUCCUCCGAUUAAAAUCCCAGAUCUUGCCAAAAUCAUGCUUUAUCUUCAAGGAGAAGCUGAUUGGCAUAGAGGAGGAUUCAUUGCAGAGAGUAACAACUCUAAUUCUAGCAAUUAUUUGAGUUUAGUCGAAUAUCCACACGCGAUAUUCGAAGAAGAUCGAUCUCUUUUGUUUGCAAACCAAUCAUUUUAUUCAUUGAUUGGUGCUCCAAGGGAAGCUUGCAUCGGAUUGAGCAUCGACGCCAUCUUUUCCAGAAUAAUGGAUUUCAAAACGGAUCCUAAGCAUCCUUUCAACAAAAUACUUGAGUUUAUGGACCAAGACUCCAAUAUGACAUGCGUAAAAGUCACUACGAAGUUCGAAAGAGGAACUCAUAAGUCAAAAAAUGUUGAAAUUAGGAUGUCCAAGGUUAUAGCUGAAGAUAACAAGAAUGCCUUCAUUCUUGCAUUCGAAGACCUGACUUAUCAUCACCAAUUAGAAGAAAAUACAAGAUAUCAGAAACAAAUUGCAGAAAACUUGAAACAUAAUGCAAUUCCUCUUCUUCUUAGUAAUGCAUUGACAGUAGAAAACAAAUUGCAGGCAAGGGAUUUCAAUAAUGCUGGAAUGUCUGUUUUUGCGAUUUCAUAUGCAUCUUUAAGGGAUGAAUAUGACGGAGAACUCGCAGACGGAUGCUUACUUUUCUUAAAGGCUGCACAGGAAGUAUCAGGAGUCUUUCCAAACAUCAUUAAAUUAAUGAAUGAACCUCCGAGCUUCAUUUACUUAUCAAUUCCUGAUGAAAAUGAUCCAUUAGAUAUAAGAGCCAUCCAAAUUGUACAUUUCAUGAACGCAAUCAUCAAUUCUUUCAACUCUAGUACUUAG